AACAUGAUGGACGAGAACUGCAAACACGGAGCCACAUGCAUGAGAUCAGACGACAAAAUUUGUAGUGAUUUGAGCUUACCUCUACAGCUUUGAAAUCCUAACAUUUUGUUAUCUUUGACUUCUUCCACUAGUCCCAUGAUAAAUUUUUUUACAAGUAUAAAUGUAGAUGUGCUUUUUGACUACAAUCCAUGCCCUAAUUAUUUAUUUAUUCAUAUCCUUCAAUUAUUAAUCUAGAUGAUGGUGAAAAUCGUUCAGGGAGUGCUUAAAACUGCGGAUUAUUAAUAAUAGUUAAACAUGAAAAUGGGUGCCGUUUAAUUAGUUUACUAAGCAAAGUCACGAUGCCUUCUUAAACCGUGCAUAAAUCAAGAAAGAUGUUACAAAGUGCUGCCAUUUUAUUUUAUUUUUGUUUAAUUUUAUGGAACUCCAAAUAUUUUGUUCUUUCAUUCUCCUUUAAAAAGAAACUUUACCCUCUACUGGUUGGAGGUCCCUUACUGCUAUUGAGAAAGCGACUGGUUAAAGGGCCAGCAUCCCCUGCUAUUUCCUUUCUCCCUCAGUCUCAUCAUAUUAUUACUCUUUCUACAUGUUCUGUUUCAAAUUUCCUUCUUAUACGUCUCAGUUUGGCCCUCACAAAACCCUUUUGAAUACAAAUACAAAUACAUAUAUAGCUAGCUAGUCUUCUAUAUCCCAUCCCAUAACAGUUAACACACACAUACCAAACAACUCUCAUCUUGAUUUCAACUCUCCCGCUCUCUAAGAUUUAAUCAUGCCCAUCAAAUCCUUUCUACUUCCCAUUUUUCUCUUGUCUCUUUCCAUGCAUGCAUUAUGCAAUGCUCGAAAUAUUGGGUUUGUGAAAGAGGGUUUUCAUGCAGAAGUCUAUUUCUCUGCCAAGGUUGGAGAGGAGGUCGAACAAAGCAUGGAUUCAGUUCAUGGAACUAAUGACAGAGAGGACAUCAGUGAAAAGAGUACUCCUGGUGCUGCAAUUAUUACUCAAGAAUCAAAGGAUUCAAAGGCAGUUACCAAAAGUUCAGGUCAUGAUCAAAAUCCCAUCAAGCCUCUUGUUCCAGUUUCUUGGCGUGUGCCGCACAAGAACCUCCAUCAAAUCCCUGGGUUUCAAUCAGAUUAUGCUAUGCCUAGAACACGAACACCUUCUCAUAACUGAUUAAUCUCCCUCUUUGAAUCUUAUGUUAUGCAUUUAUGUCCACAAUUUUUAUCCGACAACAAAGGUAUCCAAAAAAUGUACCCACCUACAUCUCCGGAUACAUGAAAACCGUCCAGCCUACUUGCACCAGCUAAAUGCUCUGACCAAACUCCGAGGCCGGCCAGCAGCAUUUGCAAAACAUGGGAUUAUUUAAAACGAGAGCAGCGCCGGCAAUAGUUGAGCCCAAGACAUGCAUUCAUUCCAUACAGCUCGAGCAAGUCCUUAACCAUUAGGCCAACUUCAUAUGUCCUUUUAAAUUUGAGAAGCUGUCUUUUCUUUUAGAAGCUAUCCUACUAUUUAUAUACCUUUACGGGUUUUUAUUAUUUAUAGAAAUUAAGAGACUAGUAGGAUUGUUAUUUCACUACUGCCAUUGCCUUGCUAUAACAACAGCAUGUCUCCCAGUAUAUUGCUUAACUUCUUACCCAUUUUUGUACAGAAAAAUCAAUAAUAUAAUCUAUCAUUCUCGUU